CCACUCUUCCCCCUCCCAUUUGCGACUUUGACUCUCUGUGCGCCUAUCUGCCUCUGUCUCCUUCUCAGUUCGCGCUCGACUCUGCGUCUCUCCUCCUCCUCCGCAUAUUCUUUACCUGGUUUUUCAGGUAUCCACCUACCGGGUCGUCGUGUCGUAGUUUCAUGGGAAAAAACUGAACAAAAAAUUUAAGCCUUACAGUAGAGAAGACGACAAGCACCUCGCUAUUAUUGGACAACUAGACACGUAUUCUUCAAUUUUUAUCUUCCACUGAGAUGUCUUCUCUUGGCACAUCGAAAGGAAUCCUUGAGAUUGCUAAGUUUGGGAUCUAUGUGACUGUUCCCAUCGUUCUUAUGUACGGCUUUGCUAACAAUUCGAAGAACAUCCAGAGAUUCAUGGGAAAUCGGUUGUAUGUUGUAUAUCCACCGGAGGCACCAAGGCCACCAUCACCUGAGGAGCUUAGGGAGAUGGCGCGGGAGCUGGCUCGGAAAUCAAACAAUUGAUGAUGCUUCCUUGUAUUGGAGUUGCUGCAGUGGGUCGUGUACUUCUACCUAUGUUUAUACUAUUUCAUAUGCUUUGUGCAAAGGUAAUCUACAAUUACCUAUUUUUUAGAUGGAGAGAAAAAUAGAGGACAGAAAACUGUAAGAGAAAACUCCUAAAAAUAGUAAAGAAAUUUACUAUUUUUGGAAAUUUCUCCUCCUAGUUUUCUCUCCUCCUUAUUUUAUUCUUACUUUUCUCUCCAUCCAAUUCCAAACCAAGCCUUGGUCUAAAUAAGCUGGUAUGUAUUUGGAAAAUGAGUUCUAUCAGGUCUUGUAUGGGUACCAGGAACAGAGAAGGGCAAGAGAGGGAUAGAGGGGGAUAAACGAUGAUAUCAUGUUUAUUACUAUAGCACUGGUCUUUUGUUAUCAGUUUCUCAAAGAAGAAUACACGUAUUAUUUUCUUUUUGGGUUCA